AUGUCCCAGGCUCAACAGCCUAAGAUCUGCAGGAAGAAUCUUCUGAUCUCCAGCCCCUUCCGCCCCUGCAAUCACAUCACCCGAGCUUGUGAGCCGUGUCAUCUGCGCAAAACCCGAUGCAAUGGACGACAGCCAUGCAAGGGAUGCCAGCAGAAUCACCAGCCAUGCAUCUACCGUGCAGGAAGCGCCCGGAUGAAGAAAACUCGUCUACAAGAAGCCCGAACUGAAGGAGUUGGGCUACUGCCCAAGCCGUCGACGUCGGCAGCCACCUCUGCAGAAGCAAUCUCCCGCAAGUACGCAUUCCGAGCGACUUGGUCCAGUUUAAGCUUCAUCAAGCUCUACGGGUUGGAAUCGGAGUGA